CUUCAGAUACACCAGAAGAGGGCAUCGGAUCUCUUUACAGAUGGUUGUGAGCCACCAUGUGGUUGCUGGGAAUUGAACUCAUGACCUCUGAAAGAGCAGUCGGGUGCUCUUAACCGCUGAGCCAUCUCUCCAGCCCUAUUUUUUUUAAAGAUGUUUUUCAUUAAUUCAUUCAUUAUAUGUGUGUGUGUGUGUGUGUGUGUGUGUGUGUGUGUGUGUGUGUGUGUGUGUGUAGGUGAGUGCAUGGCAUGAUGUUUGUGUGUAAGUUAGACUUGAUUUUUCCUUCCUUCAUGUGGGAUCCGUGGGUCUGAUUCAGUUUGUUAGCAUUGACGGGCUAUCUCACUGACCCCCACAUCAUUUUCUUUUCCUCUUGACACAGAAGAACUAUAUGUAACCAUGUCUGGCCUGCCCUGUCUCCCAAGUGCCAGUGUACCACAUCUGUGCCUGGUGCCUGCAGAGGUUAGAAGAGGACAUUGUAUUCACUGGAACUGUAGUUGUGAGCCACCUGAUUUGGGGCUAGGAAGGGAACUUGUGUUCUUACAAGAGCAGCAAGCACCUUGCUGAGCCAUCUUUCCAGCCCUGCAAGAAUGUUCAGGUCUUUAUGGGUCUUUUAAAAGUUUUGCCAUGCAUAAACAAUUUUGGGGACAUAUCUGCUUAGAAUAUGUGUGCUGUAUGUUUUCUUUUAUCUCUUUCUUCCCCUCCCCUCCCCUCCCCUCCCCUCCCCUCCCCUCCCUUCCCCUUUUCUUUUUUUUUCAUUGUUCAAGACAUGAUUUCUCUGGGUAGCCCUAGCUAUCCUGGAGCUGGAACUCACUCUGUAGACCACGCUGGCCUCAAACUUAGAGAUCUGCUUUUCUCUGCCUCCUGAGUGCUGGGAUUAAAGGUAUCUGCCACCAAUGCCUGGCUACACUGUAAAUUUUCUGAUAACAAAUAACUUUCCUUCUCAUAGCUCAUGUACCUUUGGUUUUUACAAGAUAAGAUGUAUAAUUUUUCAUAGUCUUCUUUACCCUAGCAUACAAAUAAACUUUGGACAGUUAUAGAGUUGUCAUAAAUUUUAGUUUUACUUUUGUUUGUAAAUUGCCAACUUUGAUCCUUGCAAGGUUCUGAAUGUGCUAUUAGGUUCUAAUUUCUAAGGACAUUUAUUUGUUUAUUUAGAGACAGUCUUGGGAGCUGGAGAGAUGGCUCAGUGGUUAAGAUCACUGACUGCGGGGUUGGGGAUUUAGUUCAGUGGUAGAGUGCUUGCCUAGGAAGCGCAAGGCCCUGGGUUCAGUCCCUAGCUCCGGAAAAAAAAGAACCAAAAAAAAAAAAAAAAAAAAAAAAAAAAAAGAUCACUGACUGCUCUUCCAGAGGUCCUGAGUUGAAAUCCCAGUAACCACAUGGUGGCUCACAACCGUCAGUAAUGAGAUCUGAUGCCCUCUUCUGGUGUGAGUGAAGACAGAUAUAUAUAUAUUAUAUAUAUAUAAUAUAUAUAUAUAUAUAUUAUAUAUAUAUAUUUAAAAAAAAAAAAGACAGUCUCAUUUUGUAGUCCAAGCUGGUCUGGAACUUAGGUAGAUCUGGUUGGUUUUGAACUCCUGAUUCCAGUCUUUCUGCUUCUAUCUUUCUAUAGCUCCAAGGCUUUCCUAAAACCAUGUAUUAAGGACUGUAAAAGGGCUUAGUCAUUAAGAGCACUUAGUGCUUUUUCACAGAACCUGAGCUUAGUUCCGAGUACCCAUAUUGAAAAGCUCACAAGUGACAUAACCUUAGCUACAGGGAAUUCAUUGCCCUCUUCUGGAUUCCAUGGGUACCUGGACCCAUGUGAGUCUGUGUGUGUGUGUGUGUGUGUGUGUGUGUGUGUGUGUGUGUGUGUGUGCGUGCGUGCGUGCGUAUGUGCGCCUGCCUGCAAAUGCAAGCAAAUUCAUGUGCUAGCACAUACCUUUAACCUCAGAACUUGGGAGUAGAGGCAGGCUGGUUUUUCUGAGUUUGAGUCCUGCCUGGUUUAUAGACACAGUUUAUAGCUAGGGCUGUGUAGAGAGACCCUGUCUCAAACAACAAUAACAACUCUUUCAAUAAAUAAAAACAUUCCUCUAUUAAGAAACUUGUCAUAAUCUGGUUGAGAACUGAGGUGAGGUUAUUUACAGGUACUGGCACCUGAAUAUUCAUAGACCGAGCUCAGAAAGGCCUCUGUGUUUGUCCAGUGCUGUUCCAGAACCAUCCUGGCCAUUUGCACAGUCACCUGAAUUUAAUCUCAGAAUUUGGGAGGCAGAGACAGGUGGAUCUCUGUGAACUCAAGGCUAGCCUGCUCUACAUAGUGAGUUCCAGGCAAGCUGUAGUUACACAAUGAGAUAGACCUAGAGGUACUGAGUUCAAUUCCAGGCAAUAUGGUGGCUUACAACCAUUUCUAACUCAUGUUUUAGGGGAUUUGGUGCCCUCUUCUGUCCUUCAAAGGUACGAGGCAUAAACUUGGUACACAGACAUACAUACAGGCAAAAACACUCAAUACAAAUAAAGUAAAAAAUUUAAAAAGUUAAAAAAUAAGGAACUGGUCAUGGCAAUUCCCUUUGUGGCAGGCAGCAUGUAUAGGGAGGGAAGAGGGAGGGAGGGAGGGUGCCUAACCUUCCUACUUGUAUAUUAUGUCACAUGUAACCAUGAGCUAAUUCAAUACAUAGUAAAAACCUGUCCUUUCAUUUUUUUUGUUACUUUUUGCUCUUCCCUUUUUCUAUGCUUUAGUGACAUAAGACUUAAUUUAUGUAAGAAGUGGUGCCUAGGAAAUAACCAGUAUACAAAUUGUGCCCUUUGCAGCUGCUCCUGUGAUGAAUUUUCUCCAUAAUGGAAAGAUAAGGCUUAUACACAGCUGGAUCUCUGUGAGGAAGUCACCUUGAGAGGUGGCGAUGCUGUGGUUUAGGGAAGAGAAUGAUCUCUGGCUGCAGGAGUCAGGGAGGAUUUGGUAUAGGAGGCGGUGUUUAGCCCGUGUUCUGAAGGAUCGGCAGUAUUUGGACAUGUGGUAAGUAGCUAAGAGGAUUUUAGUCAGGAAAUUGCGUGGAGCAAAGGCACAGAGGCCAAAAUCCAGGGACAUGCUGAGUACUUUGGCUGCUUCCAUGAUGAGGAUUAUCAAAUUGUGUUUCGAUUUUUUUCCCCCCUUCCAUCUCUCAUCUUAAAAUUCUUUUAAAAUGUCCUGUAGUAGAUUCAGGGAGGCCUAGUUUUUCAACCCAGAUAAUUUAUAUUUGAAGCUGUGACUGGCAGCUGGUCAAACUGAGUUGAAAGCAGGUGGGAAAAGAGAUGCUUGGGCUGACUUCUCAAAGGGAGUAUAACCUGGUCUGGCUGGGACUUAGAACACCAGAAGGGACAGUUGGAUUCAGAGUGUGGAUCGCUUUAUUUAAUGGCUACAAAUUACACUUAUAAAAUAUGUAUUCAUUAUAAUCAUGCUGAUGUAAUAAAAAUAGGCCGUUCAUUCCUGGAAAACUGUCCAGAUGGUUUUUGUGCAUAUUUAAACAUUAGCUUUGGUUUUUUGCCUUUUAUUUAAUGUAUUUUUGUUUAGGUUGGUGUCUUUGUUUUUGUUUGGUACUAGGUGUGGAACACAAUAUCUCAUGGAUAUUAUUAGGCAAGCACUUUACCAAUGAUACUACCUUACAUUCCUAGCCCCAUUUAAUAUUUCAAGUAGAUAUUUCUCAGUUCAGUUCUUAUAAUUAUGCUUCAUCUAUGUUUUGGUUUUUAAAUAACUUGAUUGUAUGUUUGUAUACAUUGAUGGAUACAGAAAAUGCUUUUGAUUUUUUUUUUCCCUUUUACUGUCCUCUUGUCCAUAUCAUUAUAUACUUGUACAGGUCUCAGGAAUAAUUUUCAGGAAUAUUUCUUGAAUUCACGAAUGUGCAUUUUUGUUUCAAAACCUGCUGUAAGGUAGGAAUAGUAGUAUGUUUCUGUAAUCCUAGCAUCCAAGAGGCAGAGGCAGAGGCAGAGGCCGGCUUAUCUGUGAGUUUGAGGCUAGCUUGAGGCUAGCCUGUUCUACAUAGUGAGUUCCAGGACGGCCAGGGCUAUGUAGAGAGACCCUGUUUCAUUCCCCCCCCCCAAAAAAAAAAAACCACCAAAAGAAAAGCCAAAAAUCAAACCAACCAACCAAACAAACAGAAAACCAAAACCCAAAACAACCCAGAUAACAACGAACAAAACCCUCCAAACUCCACCAAAACCAAAAUAUAAGUGAAAAACUAUAUUAUCCUGUAAGAUUUUCUCAUGUUCUCACAAACCUCAAGUAUUAUAGCCAUUUAAUUGUUAAUCUCAUAGGUGAAUGAAUGUGCAGUAUUUUAUCUUAAUUUAUAUUUUUGACCAUGAGCAAAACUGAUGAUUUUUUAAAAAGAUUUAUUUAUUUAUUUUUUAUGUAUGUGAGUACACUGUCACUGUCUUCAGACACACCAGAAGAGGGCAUCAAAUUCCAUAACUUGUGAGCCACCAUGUAUUGAACUCAGGUGGAAAUUGAACUCAGGACCUCUGGAAGAGCAGUCAGUGCUCUUAGCCGCUGAGCCAUCUCUCCAGUCCCUGGUGGUCUUUUCAUACAUAAGAAUUUAAAGGUAAGCAGAGGCUUACAGAGUACUUACCUGUGAGUACUGUAUCUAUUGCAGUGGUUUUCAACCUUCCUAAUGCUGCAACUUUUUAAUAUAGUUCUUUAUGUUGUGGUGACCCUCAACCAUAAAAUUAGUUUCAUUGCUACUUCAUAACUGUAGUUUUGCUAUUGUUAUGAACAGUAAUGUAAAUAUCUUAUGUGCAAGAUGUCUGAUACUUGGCUAUUGUGAAAGGGUUGUUGGUGGGGUUGCGGAUUUAGCUCAGUGGUAGAGCGCUUGCCUAGGAAGCGCAAGGCCCUGGGUUUGGUCCCCAGCUCCGAAAAAAAAAAGAACCAAAAAAAAAAAAAAAAAAAAAAAGGGUUGGAGAAAUGGCUCAGUGGUUAAGAGCACUGACUGCUCUUCCAGAGGUCCUGAGUUCAAUCCCCAGCAACCACAUGGUGGCUCACAACCAUCUGUAAUGGGAUGCUCUCUUCUGAAGUGUCUGAAGAGAACUACAGUGUACUAAUAUAUAAAUAAAAUAAAUAAAUCUUUAAAAAAAAAAAAAAAGGGUUGUUGGACUUCCAAGAAUUGCCCAUCUGUUUGUUUGUUUAGGGGGUUUAUGUAGCCCAGACUGCUCUUGGACUCACUGUAUAGGCAAUGUGGUCUCAUGUAUGACCUCACUGCUCCACCUCUCAGGUGCUGAGAGUACAGGCAUAGUCACUGUGCUUGCUUAGCUGCUUCUUUAUUUUUUAAAAACAGUCAAGAAAUGGCUAGGGCUUGGCUCAGUGAGUGGACAUGUGCUUAGCAUGUACAGUACUCAACAGCAAAAAUAAGUACGUCAAUGAAAAUCUCCCACACUAAAACCCAGUGCUUAGAUAAAAGUAACAUUGAAUGGCAACUGUUAUGGUUUGGAUGUGAACUCUGCUAUAGGCUCGUGUGUGUGAACAUUUAUUUGCUCCCUACUGGUGUACUGUUUGGGGAGAGUGUGGAUCGUUUAGGGGGUGGACACUGCUGGAAGAAGUUGUUAUGGUGGGACUUACUAGGCAAUGCUCUGUCUACUCUCAGAGUGCAGCAGGCAGCAUGUGCUCACUUCCAUCACAUGGACCAGGAUGGGCUGUACCUUCCCUGACUGUGAGCCCAGCUACAUCCUCCUCUGAGUUGUUUCUUGUUAGGUUUCUGUGGCGGGACCAUAAGAAAUUCAACCAGCACACUAGCCAUUGCGUGAUUGAUUAUACUACACACAAACACCACUGAGCCUGUGGUCUUCUUUCCAAACUUUUCUGAGGAGCGGCUCCAGAUGGGAGCUGAGAUGCUGACACCUUUUCUGGUUUUCCAGUCUGAGGCUUUUCUUGAUAGAGAGGGCAGCCAGCCUGGUUGGGUUCUGAAAUGGAGUUAUGUGUGACAACUGCUUUGGAAUCUUGAAGGUGCUUUGGUACUGGAUAGGGAGUGGGUAGGGAGUGAUUUUUUUAAAAAUUUAUAGUUGAAACUGAUUUUCAACUGCUCGAGGUGAAAGUCCUGAAUAUUUCCUGAAAGUAAGGAAGUUUUCUGAGAUGAGAAGAUUUUAAAAAAUAGGCAUUUUUGAAACGUUGGGGUUGUUGGAGUGGUUGGAUUUUCCCUGGAAUUGAGUAAGAAAUUCAGAAGACUGAAGCCCAGGCUCACUGUCUACCUUUCACGGAGGCCUAGCCGUGAGAGGACAGAAGAAGGCACGUGGAGAAUCAUGACAGCUGACAAAGAUAAAGACAAAGACAAAGAGAAGGACCGGGACCGGGACCGGGACCGAGAGAGAGAUAAAAGAGACAAAGCUAGGGAGAGCGAGAACGCCAGGCCUCGGAGGAGCUGCACGUUGGAGGGAGGAGCCAAGAACUAUGCUGAAAGUGACCACAGUGAGGACGAAGACAACGACAACGGAGCCACCACGGAGGAGUCCGCCAGGAAGAGCAGAAAGAAACCUCCGAAAAAAAAGUCCCGCUACGAGAGGACAGACACUGGCGAGAUAACGUCUUACAUCACUGAGGAUGAUGUUGUUUACAGACCAGGAGACUGCGUGUAUAUCGAGAGUCGGCGGCCAAACACACCGUAUUUCAUCUGCAGCAUCCAAGACUUCAAACUGGUCCACAACUCCCAGGCCUGUUGCAGAUCUCCAGCUCCUGCUUUGUGUGAUCCCCCAGCAUGCUCUCUGCCGGUGGCAUCACAGCCACCACAGCACCUUUCUGAAGCCGGGAGAGGGCCUGUAGGGAGUAAGAGGGACCAUCUACUCAUGAACGUCAAAUGGUACUACCGUCAGUCUGAAGUUCCAGAUUCUGUCUAUCAGCAUUUGGUUCAGGACCGGCAUAAUGAAAACGACUCUGGAAGAGAACUUGUCAUCACAGAUCCAGUCAUCAAGAACCGGGAGCUCUUCAUUUCUGAUUAUGUUGACACCUACCAUGCUGCUGCCCUGAGAGGGAAGUGCAACAUCUCCCAUUUUUCCGACAUAUUUGCUGCUCGUGAAUUUAAAGCCCGAGUGGACUCGUUUUUCUACAUAUUAGGCUACAACCCUGAGACAAGGAGGCUGAAUAGUACCCAAGGAGAAAUUCGAGUUGGCCCUAGCCAUCAGGCCAAACUUCCAGAUUUGCAGCCAUUUCCUUCUCCAGAUGGUGACACUGUGACUCAGCAUGAGGAACUUGUCUGGAUGCCUGGAGUCAGUGACUGUGACCUCCUCAUGUACUUGAGGGCAGCAAGGAGCAUGGCAGCCUUCGCAGGAAUGUGUGACGGAGGUUCCACAGAGGAUGGCUGUGUCGCAGCGUCUCGGGAUGACACCACUCUCAAUGCACUGAACACACUACAUGAAAGCAGUUAUGAUGCCGGCAAAGCCCUGCAGCGCCUGGUGAAGAAGCCUGUGCCCAAGCUGAUCGAGAAGUGCUGGACAGAGGAUGAAGUGAAACGCUUCGUUAAGGGGCUCCGACAGUACGGCAAGAACUUCUUCAGAAUCAGAAAGGAGCUGCUUCCCAAUAAGGAAACCGGGGAACUGAUUACCUUCUAUUACUACUGGAAGAAAACACCAGAGGCAGCCAGCUCCCGUGCCCACCGCCGGCACCGCAGGCAGGCUGUGUUCAGAAGAAUUAAGACUCGCACAGCGUCCACCCCUGUCAACACGCCCUCCAGACCUCCUUCCAGUGAAUUCUUGGAUCUGAGUUCGGCUAGUGAGGAUGACUUUGACAGUGAGGACAGCGAGCAGGAGCUGAAGGGGUACGCCUGCCGGCACUGCUUCACCACCACCUCCAAAGACUGGCACCACGGGGGCCGAGAAAACAUCCUGCUGUGCACAGACUGCCGCAUCCACUUCAAGAAGUACGGUGAGCUGCCACCCAUCGAGAAGCCCGUGGACCCCCCGCCCUUCAUGUUCAAGCCUGUCAAGGAGGAGGACGAUGGGCUCAGUGGGAAGCAUAGCAUGAGGACUCGGCGGAGUCGGGGCUCGAUGUCUACACUCCGCAGUGGUCGGAAGAAGCAGCCUGCCAGUCCUGAUGGCCGCGCCUCACCUGUCAAUGAGGACGUGCGAUCCAGUGGCCGGAACUCCCCCAGCGCUGCCAGCACUUCCAGCAAUGACAGCAAAGCAGAGGCUGUGAAGAAGUCGGCCAAGAAAGUGAAGGAAGAGGCUGCGUCCCCUCUGAAGAACACCAAGCGCCAGCGGGAGAAGGUGGCCUCCGACACAGAAGACACUGACAGGGCCACCUCCAAAAAGACAAAGACCCAGGAGAUCAGCCGCCCUAACUCUCCCUCUGAAGGUGAGGGGGAGAGUUCCGACAGUCGCAGUGUCAAUGAUGAGGGCAGCAGUGACCCAAAAGACAUCGACCAGGAUAAUCGCAGCACGUCCCCCAGUAUCCCCAGCCCUCAAGAUAAUGAGAGCGACUCGGACUCAUCAGCACAGCAGCAGAUGUUGCAGACCCAGCCUCCAGCCUUGCAAGCUCCCAGUGGGGCUGCCUCUGCUCCCUCCACAGCCCCUCCAGGGACAACCCAGCUUCCCACCCCAGGGCCUACACCCUCUGCUACUACAGUCCCUCCACAGGGCUCCCCUGCAACCUCACAGCCCCCUAACCAGACUCAGUCUACAGUGGCACCUGCAGCCCACACCCUCAUCCAGCAGACGCCCACCCUGCAUCCCCCUCGGCUGCCCUCACCUCAUCCUCCACUGCAGCCUAUGACUGCACCACCUAGCCAGAACUCUGCACAACCUCACCCCCAGCCCUCCUUGCAUGGUCAGGGCCCUCCUGGCCCUCACAGCCUACAGACUGGACCCCUACUACAGCACCCAGGACCUCCUCAGCCCUUUGGACUGACUCCCCAGUCCUCCCAAGGUCAGGGCCCUCUGGGUCCCUCCCCAGCAGCAGCCCAUCCUCACAGCACCAUACAGCUUCCAGCCUCUCAGUCGGCACUGCAGCCUCAACAGCCCCCAAGGGAACAGCCCUUGCCUCCUGCCCCGUUAGCCAUGCCUCACAUCAAACCCCCACCCACCACACCAAUUCCCCAGCUUCCAGCACCACAGGCCCACAAACAUCCGCCUCACCUCUCAGGCCCCUCCCCCUUCUCAAUGAAUGCCAAUCUGCCACCCCCACCAGCCCUGAAGCCCCUCAGCUCACUGUCCACACACCAUCCUCCCUCAGCCCACCCUCCACCCCUACAGCUUAUGCCUCAGAGCCAGCCCUUGCCCUCUUCACCCGCCCAGCCCCCUGGGCUGACCCAGAGUCAGAGCCUCCCACCCCCUGCUGCCUCCCACCCUACCACUGGCGGCCUCCACCAGGUGCCCUCGCAAUCCCCAUUCCCCCAGCACCCUUUUGUACCUGGAGGCCCCCCUCCCAUCACCCCACCCUCCUGCCCCCCCACUUCCACCCCUCCUGCGGGGCCCAGCUCCUCAUCACAGCCACCCUGCUCUGCUGCUGUGUCUUCUGGAGGCAAUGUUCCAGGGGCGCCAUCUUGCCCACUCCCUGCUGUGCAGAUCAAGGAAGAGGCUCUGGAUGAAGCCGAGGAGCCAGAGAGCCCUCCUCCACCCCCCAGGAGCCCAUCCCCUGAGCCUACUGUAGUGGACACCCCCAGCCAUGCUAGCCAGUCUGCCAGGUUCUACAAACACCUGGACCGGGGCUACAACUCGUGUGCACGGACAGACCUGUACUUCAUGCCUCUGGCUGGAUCCAAACUAGCCAAGAAGAGGGAGGAGGCCAUUGAGAAGGCCAAGCGGGAGGCUGAACAGAAAGCCCGAGAGGAACGAGAGCGAGAGAAAGAGAAGGAAAAAGAGCGAGAGCGGGAGAGAGAGCGGGAACGGGAAGCAGAGCGCGCUGCUCAGAAGGCUUCUAGCUCAGCACAUGAAGGCCGUCUUAGUGACCCUCAGCUCAGUGGUCCAGGUCACAUGCGACCCUCCUUCGAGCCACCACCGACCACAAUUGCUGCUGUGCCCCCAUAUAUUGGGCCUGACACACCUGCCCUCCGGACACUGAGCGAAUAUGCUCGGCCACAUGUCAUGUCUCCCACCAACCGUAACCACCCCUUCUACAUGCCCCUCAAUCCCACCGACCCCCUCCUGGCCUACCACAUGCCUGGCCUGUACAAUGUUGACCCCACCAUCCGGGAGCGGGAGCUCCGAGAACGUGAGAUCAGAGAGCGCGAGAUCCGGGAGCGGGAAUUGCGGGAGAGGAUGAAGCCAGGCUUUGAGGUGAAGCCCCCAGAGCUGGACCCCCUGCACCCAGCCACCAACCCCAUGGAGCAUUUUGCCCGGCACAGCGCCCUCACCAUCCCUCCUGCAGCUGGCCCCCACCCCUUUGCCUCUUUCCACCCGGGCCUCAACCCUUUGGAGCGGGAGAGACUGGCGCUAGCAGGUCCUCAGCUGCGGCCUGAGAUGAGUUACCCAGACAGACUGGCAGCUGAGCGCAUCCAUGCCGAGCGUAUGGCGUCACUCACCAGCGACCCCCUGGCACGACUGCAGAUGUUCAAUGUUACUCCACACCACCACCAGCAUUCACACAUCCACUCCCACCUCCACCUCCACCAGCAGGAUCCUCUCCACCAAGGUUCAGCAGGCCCAGUUCACCCCCUGGUUGACCCCCUGACUGCUGGCCCUCACUUAGCUCGCUUCCCCUACCCUCCGGGCACCCUCCCCAAUCCUCUACUUGGACAGCCCCCCCACGAGCACGAGAUGCUACGCCACCCAGUUUUUGCAGAGCCUGUUUUGCGCUUGGCAGGCACCCCCUACCCCCGAGACCUGCCUGGGGCUAUUCCACCCCCCAUGUCAGCGGCCCACCAGCUUCAGGCCAUGCAUGCCCAGUCAGCAGAGCUGCAGAGACUAGCCAUGGAGCAGCAGUGGCUGCAUGGACAUCCACACAUGCAUGGUGGCCAUCUACCCAGUCAGGAGGAUUAUUACAGUCGACUGAAGAAGGAAGGAGACAAGCAGUUAUAAGUUAUUUAUUUGUUAUGCUGCUGUGGAAACCCCAGUUCUAGGGGGCAGAAACAGGACUUUUACAUCUAGUAGGCGCUGCAAGAGCAAAGAGGAAUAUCGUCUAAAGAUUUCUCUAUAUUUAAACCCACAACUAAAAACACAUCUGCAUAGUAGUGUUUGUUUGUUGAGAGGAUUUCCUGAGACCAGUUGAGGUCUCCCUGCAUGACAGUCCCCCAGAAACGGCGUGUCCUGGGCUGGACUGACACCCAGAAAACGUACCUGCGAUCUUGGGGUUUGGCUUUAGUUCUCUUUUCCUUGAUUUCUCAGUAGGUGCUAGAGUCCGUUCACACCCUUCACUGUGCGCGCAGACACUGAGGCACGUGGGCUCUGGAACCCACGGGGUUUGCAAAGAGGCGGCGUAUGAGUUUGAAAUCCAAGAGCUAUAAUUUUUAAAAAAUCUUUUAUUUUACUACAUUGUAGGAAAUCUUCAUAAUUUGAGACAGUUCUGCAGCAUGGCUUUUUACAUCUGUAAAUAAAUAAUUUUAGAAGUCUUUUUUUCUGUCCACAGACGACUAUUCUGAUCUAUUUUUUCCAGCCAUGUCACAAAGUGUGAAUUCCUACCAGCUAUUGACAGAAUACAGAGUUGAUUUUUUAAUAAAAAGUUAUAUAUAAUUAUCCCUUUAAUUAAAGGGAACAGAUGGGCGUUUCUGUUUCUAGUUUGAAGCAGGCAGGAGCUUGGGACUAGGUUUGGUCACAGCAGUGAGCACCCAAGGGUUGGCAGGGACAGUGUUACAGGCUCUUUGUUUUGCUGCUUUGAUUUCAUUUCUGUCUGUCCCUCGCAUGUGCAGUGGCAGGCGUGUUUGAGCGAGCCUCCUUCCUCAUUCAUAGGGGUUCAGUGUUGACUCUGUUCCCUGGUGUCCCCACUGUCCUGUGUCUGGUAUAGAAAGCGCAUGUUUAUGUGUAUGUGUCUGAUGAUAAGUUUCCCUAGAGUGUUAUGCACAUGUUUGAUUGUUCUAGAUAAAUUGUCAUAAACAUUCUAGGAAGCUCAAGAAAAUGAUGCAGUACCCAGCACAUGAAAGACCUAUGCCAUGUGCUUGCCAAAGGAAUGUUAGAGUCUGCUCAUGUGCAUGUCACCACGCCAAGCCGUGCCAGCCACAGACUGAGAGACUUCAGAGUGAGGAACCCCCUAGGGUCACUAUGGUUGUAUGGUUGUGCUCAGGGCUAUGCAGCAGGCUGUGCAGGAAGCUGUGUCCUGCGUUUCCUCCUGGAAUAGGAAUUAAGGUCCUGGUUGAAGCAGGUUCCCCUGGGAAGUCCUCUCCAGCAGGCCUUCGGAGCAGAACUGACUCCUGCCCCGCUGUCCCUGAUGGAGUUCUCCUACCAGAGCUGUGACCCUCCCUUGGACUCUGGAAUGCAGUGGUUGCAUUUAGAAACAGCUAGCUAGUCAAGGACCAUCGAUGGCAGCAGACGAGGUGUGUCCUGGCCCUGUGGAGAGAAGUGUGUGUGGUUCAGCUGGCAUUCACUCCGCUCCAGGCUCUGACUCAGGUGGCAGAGCCUCAUGCUCCCUGAGCCAUGCAUGGGGCAACUAGGAUCCAUUUGUCCGUUGGAGAUGUUUGUAGCUUUUUUGUUUUGUUUUUUAACUUUGUUUUUCUCAUUCCAUUUCUGCCUUAAUUUUGGUUCUUCAUAGGAGGCAAGCUCAAAUUAACCUUUUGUCAUCAGACCUUCUGGCCGCCUUGGCAUGAAGGCAUCUUUUUCCUCUGGGGUUGGUGACAUGGCCUCCGGAUGGUCUGCCUGCCCUCCAGCCCUCUGGACUGAGGAAGACCCCCACAGGAUCUGGACAGGCAGGUCCUUUCUGUCCCACGCCACCACCUCCUUCCCCUUUUAACUGAGUCUGCCGUUCAGUUAACCCUUUAUUUCCUUUCUAGUACCCAUUUCCAAAGAGAAAGAGUGAAGUACUUUGAAGUCUGUACUUGAAAUCUGUCUGGCAGUGUUUCCCUAUUAGUUCUGGGUUUCUCCCCUGUCCCAAGGUGAAGCGCUGAGAGCCUUCAUUUCUCCGUGACUGACAGCAGUUCGUUUGGAGGCCCUGGACCUUUGUGGCGUCUUUGAAGCCUGGCCUCUUGGCUUCCUUUUGGAUUUUCCUUGCUUUGAUUUGAAGUUUGGGUUUGCUUUCCGUGUUCUGUACGUAUCUUGUUCAGUGUCGUCAAGGUUGAGCUUCACGUCUCACUGCAGUGGAGCGAGCGGACAUUCUGAUCGCUGCAUUUCUUUAGAUCUCGGAGCUAAAUGUAUAUAUGAGUAGUUCGCAAUGAGAUAACACAGUGUAAACAGUAGACACCCAGAAAAUCGUGACUUCUGUGUUUUCUCCAUUUGAGUAUUUUGUAAUUUUUUUGAAAUAUUUGUGGACAUAAAUAAAACCAAGCUACACUACA